AUGGCAUCCAAUCACGACAUGGAUCGAAAUGAAGACGGUGGAACAACAGACCUCAGUACCUGCGACGCAGACAAAGAUUCAUCCCCACUCACCAACCUCACUGGGCUCUCUAAACACGUCCAAGACAACACCGAAGGCUACCAAAUUUUGCCUCUCAAAAAGGAGGACCCAAUGGAUUCUGACCUUGACCUAGACUCCAAUGCGCUGCCUUCUAUACCACUUUCGCUCAAAUCGCCAAGCAGGCGCUCUUCCACCAAGGACCACCACACCAAAAUCGAAGGUCGCGGCCGCAGGAUCCGAAUACCCGCUGCCUGCGCCGCUAGGAUCUUCCAGCUCACCCGAGAGCUGGGACAUAAAUCCGAUGGUGAAACCGUCCAGUGGCUCUUAGAGCACUCCGAGCAGGCCAUCAUAAAAGCCACCGGCACUGGAACAGUUCCGGCCAUAGCUGUCUCCAUCGGCGGCACACUCAAAAUCCCAACUUCGUCCAUAUCUGACAACGAAGGCACAUCCAACAAGAAACGGAAACGCCCUUCCAACAGCGACUUAGUGGACAUAAAGGAGACAGUGUCGCAGACAUCGGGUCUUGCUCCGGUUCAAGUGCCCCAAGGUCUGGUCCCGGUCUGGGCGGUAACCAACCCCAGCAUGGUGGUCCCCACUAACACAUUCUGGAUGAUCUCGCAGGCUGCGUCCACAAGCCACCCCUUGGGUGGAGUUAUGAGCCCGGCAAGCCAGCAGCAUCAGCUAUGGGCUCCGACUCCCUCCGUGUUCAACUUGGCCGCUAGGCCCAUAUUGCCUCUGAUGACAACGUGCAGUAACGGUUCUAACUCAGCAGCGGUGAAAAAGAGUGCGGUGGGUGCUAAGGUGGCAACCAGGUCCAUCAUGGCCCCUUCUGUUGGUUCCAGCAGCAGCAGUGGCAAGAGUCAGAUGUUGAGGGAUUUUUCCCUCCAAGUUUACAACAAGCAAGAGUUGCAAUUGUUGGGCUGCUCUGGGACUCAGCCCAAUCUAUGA